AUGAGUCACAUACCAGGUAAGGAGUUAAAUGGAAAUGGAACAAUUGCCCGAAGUCAAGAUCUGGCUCCUUGUAGAACCUGUGGAAGACGUUUUGCACAAGAUGUUCUGCUGAGACAUGAUCCAAUAUGUAGGAAAGUCUUCAACAAGAAGCGCAAGCCCUUCAGCUCUAUGAAACAGAGACUGCAGGGAACAGAAAUCAUGACUGUUAGGAAGCAGCACCCACAAAAGAAACAGCCCGAGAAGAAAUCUAACUGGAGGCAGCACCAUGAGGAUUUUAUUAAUGCUAUUCGAUCAGCCAAGCAGGUCACAAAAGCUCUGAAGGAGGGCCGCCCUCUUCCACCUCCUCCCCCACCAAGCAUCAACCCAGAUUAUAUUCAGUGUCCACACUGCUCACGAAGAUUUAAUGAAGCUGCAGCAGAGAGGCACAUAAAGUUCUGCGAAGAACAAGCCAUCCGCCGUGCCUUUGCUGCAAAGACCACCAGACCAGUGGGCAAGCAACCAGUGACUCAGAGAAAACCUCCAACAACUGCUGCAUUACCACUUCAGAAGAGAGCACAAGAAGGUGCCAAAACCUCUUCAGGAAUACUGCAGAAACCCAAGAAAUCUUUGGGUGCAUCGACUGGACAAAAAUCUUCAGCAUUUGGGUAA